AUGUUAUUCUUAGUUUACCUUAGUUUUCAUUCCUUUCUUUUUUCAUUUUUUUUUUUUUUUUUUCUUUCUUUCUUUUCUUCAUUCUGCUUUGCCUUUUCUCUUUCCUUUCUCUUUUUCUUUCUUUCUUUUCUUCAUUCUGCUUUGCCUUUUCUCUUUCCUUUCUCUGUAUUCCUAUUGAAUGUUAUUCUUUACCUUAGUUUCAUUCCUCUGAGUUUUCUUUCUUUCUUUUCUUCAUUCUGCUUUGCUUUUUUUCAUUCUCUUUCCUUUCUCUUUCUUUUUCUGUAUUCUAUUGAAUGUUAUUCUUUACCUUAUUUCAUUCCUCUGAGUUUUCUUUCUUUUCUUUUUUUCAUUCUGCUUUGCCUUUUUUUUCCUUCUCUGUAUUCUAUUGAAUGUUUAGUUUCUUUUCUGAGUUUUUUUUCUUUCUUUCUUUUCUUCAUUCUGCUUUGCCUUUUCUUUCUUUCUUUCUUUUCUUCAUUCUGCUUUGCCUUUUCUCUUUCCUUUCUCUGUAUUCCUAUUGAAUGUUAUUCUUUACUUUAG